UCUCUCUACAAAAUUAAAGCCUUUGCUUUUAUAAGCAGCUCUCUCUCUCUCUCUCUCUCAUGUUUUUUGGUUGUGUGACGGUGAGUGUAGCCAGAGCUGCUGAGCUUAAAAACAGGAAGGGGUUUUGAACAAAGCCAACCCAAAACCCAAAUUGAAUGAAAGAUUGCUUCAAGUAGAAAGCUGGAAUGGAGGACAGAGAGCCAAAAGUAGCACAGAAUCCCAAAUGGGUUUCUUUCUAUUACCACUUUUGAGUUGGGUCUCUAUCUCUCUCUCUGUUUCACAGCUGAAGGUUUCUUGCAACUCUUACUAGGGUUUUGAAUGGGGCAUUUAUCAUGCUGAAAUCAAUGUUCUUUAUUUAAUUGACUGCCUCCUCCCCUAGAUUUUUACCUGCCCUUUCUUUGAACUGUUUUUUUAGCCUUCUGCCUUGGGACUGCUUCGUCUGAUCAAAUUUGGUAUUGCAAAUUUGAGUGGUCAUUGAAAAUGGUAGCUGCUACUUUGGAGUGAUAUUUGAUACAGUUUUUUUUUAGUUACAUGGGUUUUGUUUCACUGUUUUGGAAUUCUCCUGCUCGUUAAUUGAAUUCAAGUAUGGAUCUUUCUCCCAAAGCCCUUUUCUUUGUGUAGUUAUCUUCACAUAGCACAUGAUUUCUUUACUUUUGGGGUUUCCUGAGGUAAUUUUUCUCAGAGCUGCUUGAAGUUUCUUCAAUUGCAAAUUUAAAGUUCACGUCUUUUGAGAUUAUUCGAGUUAAAUUAUACUUUCCCUUACUUCCCCUGUUUUUAAUUUGCUUUUUUCUCUGCUGUUUUAGUCAAAUUGAAAUUAGGGUUCUAGGGUUUUAAUUGGGGGUGAUCAAAAUUGGGAGAUUUUGGCUACUUUUGGUGUUCUGUUAGAGAAAAUAUGGAUAUGGUUGACCAAGAUAAAUUUGAAUUAGAGAAUAGGAAUGAUGAUCCUAUGAAUUUUUCACCUGGGGUUACACCAGACUGGAGAUUUGGUGGCUCCAAUCUCACAAAUACAUCCAUGGGAUUGGUUCCCACUGGAAAUUGUUUGGCAGUUGGUUCGUCUUCUCGGCCCUCGGCUUCAAUGGCGGAAUCGUUUAACCCGACACUCUGGGAUCACCCAACCAGUUCACAGGACUUGGGGUUUUGUGACAUGAAUGUUCAGAACAGUGCAAGCACUUCAGACUCAAUAGGAAUUAGGAAAGGUAUUCCUGCCUCUUUGAGAAGUAGCAUUGAUGGAGCACUUGAUAUGUGUUGGAAUCCGCCGAAUUCGAUGUUGAAAGGGGGAAUUUUCUUGCCAAAUGGGCCUGGAGUGCUCCCACAGAGCUUGUCUCAGUUUCCAGCCGAUUCUGCAUUCAUCGAGCGUGCUGCGAGGUUCUCGUGCUUCAAUGGUGGGAAUGUUAGUGACAUGGUGAAGCCUUUUGGUGUUCCUGAAAGCAUGAGUAUGUAUUCUAGGGGUGGGGGAAUGAUGCCAUGGACGCAAGAAGGUAACGGGUCGAAAGGAGUUUCCGGUGUUCAAUCUCAAAGGACUGAGCUAAAUGGAGAUGUUUCUUUGCCUAUGGAGCAAGGGACACCUGAAGGGAGCCCACUGAAGAAUGAAAAAAAAAGUCAGAGUCUUGCUAAAUCUGGUGAUGAAGCAAAACACGCUAUUGGCGGGUCUGGUAACGAGUCCGAUGAAGCUGAUUACAGCAGUGGUGGCGGUGCUGGUCAAGAGGAAGCAUCUAUGCUGGAGGGUGCAGAACCAUCUUCUAAGGGCUCUAAGAAAAGGAAAAGGAGUGGGCAGGCUAAUGAGCUUGAUCAAGCCAAUGCACAACCACCCUGUGAAUCGGCAAUGGAUACUACUGAAUUUCAAAAGAAGGGAGAGCAACAACCAGCUUCAACUCCCAACAAGACUACCGCAAAACAGGGAAAACAAGGGUCUCAGGCAUCCGAUCCGCCAAAAGAAGAUUAUAUUCAUGUUAGAGCUCGAAGAGGCCAGGCAACAAAUAGUCACAGUCUCGCAGAAAGAGUCAGAAGGGAGAAAAUCAGUGAGAGGAUGAAGUUUCUUCAAGAUCUUGUGCCCGGAUGCAGCAAGGUAACUGGGAAGGCAGUGAUGCUGGACGAAAUCAUUAACUACGUACAAUCAUUACAACGGCAGGUUGAGUUUUUGUCAAUGAAGCUGGCAACAGUGAAUCCGCGACUCGAUUUUGACAUUGAAGGCCUCCUUGCAAAAGACAUCCUUCAGUCACGGGUUGGACCUUCAUCAACGCUGGGGUUUUCUCCCGAUAUGCCUAUGGCUUAUCCACAACUACAUCCAUCUCAACCAGGACUUAUCCAAGCUGGCCUUCGUGGGAUGGGGAGCUCCUCUGAUCUACUUCGGAGAGCCAUGGGUCCCCAAAUGACACCUAUCACUGGAGGGUUCAAGGAGCCUUCUCAGCUACCGAAUGUGUGGGAGGAUGAGCUCCACAACGUUGUCCAGAUGAGCUAUGGGGCCGGUACUCCCCCCAGUAGCCAAGAUGUGGAUGGAUCAACGCCACCGGGCCAGAUGAAAGUUGAACUUUGAUUAUACGAUUCAUAUUAAUGCCACGACACUGUUCCGCCCCCAUAUCUGCACAAUACUACCUUGAAGAAAUAACAAUGAUCAUGAUAUUCUCUUUUCCCAUCACCUGUGAUGACGAAGAUGCCAUCGCAAUAUUUGCCGGAAGCUCAGGCCGUCAAAUUCGAAGCUUCCGGCGGUCUGUAGAAAUAUAAUGCAGAAGUAGGUGACAUGUUUGAUAUUAUAAGAAGCAUUAUAUGAUGGUAUAUAGGCAGAAAAGGUGAAUUUGUUUGUGUUCAAGGCAGUGGAUCAGAGAAUGUACAGAAAUAGAGAUGGGCGGUAACAAGAAAUUUUCAAUGAGAAUGUUGGUAAUGUUUUUGUUAAUUUUAGAUUAACAAGCUGUUUUAUGUUAUAUCAUUCAAGUCCACAUACAACAAGAGUCAAGUAUUAUCCUACUAAGUGGGGUUGGCUGUAUGAAUCUUAAAAUGUCACUAGGCUCAGAAUUUCCUACUAAAGUGUAGUUUAAAAUGAUUUCUUCU